AUGAACGAAAGACAAAAGGCUGAAUUAGAAGGAAAUAAAGGAAAAAGUUUAUUUUGCAAGAUUUCGCUUAAUGGAUCAUAUGGUUACGAUGCAAUGAAUACACAAAAUUACGCAAAGACUAAAAUAAUGAAUGCACAGAAGGCACGCGUUGCAUGUAUGUCAAAUAAGUUUAAAAACAUAAGAGAAAUAGGAGAGGAUACGUAUCAAAUGAUGCUCAAAGAUAGAUUUUAUAGAUGUGAAACAUGUUUACAAGAGGCAUUCUUUACUUUAGAUAAUGCUAAAUACUGGUAUUUGGUUUUCAUUUAUGAUUUUAUGUAUAAAUGCAUAAAUCUUAAUCGUUUUCAUUUCAUUGAAGGUGAUACUGAUUCAUCUUAUUGGGCAAUCGCUGGCGAUCCAAAUCUUCCUAACACUCAAGCAUUUCAAGCAAUUGUUACCGAUAAACAAUUUUAUGAUAAAAACAUUUUCAAAUUCGCACCAUUUGAUUUCUUCUGUUUUGAUGAGAAAUUUAAACCUAAAUUAAAGAAUAAAGCUGAAGAAAAAGCACAUGAGAAGAAGUUAUUGGGUUUAGCAAUUGAGAAACAAGGUGAUAACAUGGUUGCUUUAUGCCCUAAGUGUUAUACAUCAUUCAACGGUUCAAUUGAUGGAAGUGAUUUUAAAAAGAUUGCACAAAAAAUGAAAGGUGUUAGUUUACGACAAAAUAAACAAUUAACACCUAAAAAUUAUUUGGAUAUAAUAAAUGAUAAAGUGAUAUUUGAUGGUCAGAAUAUUAAUUUACAACUUAAAAACAGGUCGAUGACUCGCUUAACAAUCGGUAAGACUGCAUUAACAGGAGCACACACUAAGGCUGUAUGUUGUGAAAAUGGAUGUUGUAUGCCAUUUAUUUAA